ACCCCCCCAACAUAGUCUACGGCCUCUUCCUCUGUCGUGGCGAUGUUUCCACCGCGGUCUGUCAAGAUUGUGUAACCACUUCUACCAAAGAAGUAGUACAAAGGUGUCCCAAUUCGAAAGUUGUCACGAUUUGGUACGAUGAGUGCAUGUUGCGAUACUCGAACCAGACCAUCUUCUCUAUUGCCGAUGAGGCAAGUUGGGUAACUCUGAGAAAUUCGCAGAACGUAACGAACAUAACCAGUUUCAGAGAAGUCUUGGGAGGUGUAAUGGAUGAUAUAGCCACACGGGCUUCGAAUGGUGGGUUUGGUAAGAAGUUCGCAACGAGUCAAACUAAUUAUUCAUCUCUUCAAACGCUGUAUGGGUUAGCACAGUGCACACCGGACUUGAAUGGUAUGGAUUGCAAUAAAUGUCUUCGAGAUGGUAUCUCGAAUUUUCCGAGUUGCUGUGAUGGAAAUCAGGGAGCGAGGGUUCUGUUUCCGAGUUGUAAUGUUAGGUAUGAGUUCUACCCUUUCUACAACGUCACCGCCACUGCACCGCCAUCGCCACCACCUCCACCUCCUCCUCCUCCUGCUGCAAGCAGUCCAGGAAAGGGAGGAAUGUCAACUCAAGUACUCGUCGCCAUCGUUGUUUCAAUUGGGGGCUCUGUUGUACUUGUCAUUUUAGGAUCCUGUCUCGUAUGUAGGAAAAGGAAGAAGAAAUAUGAUGUUGUUGAAUCAGAUAUGAUUGGGAAUGAAAUCUCAGCAGUACAGUCCUUGCAAUUUGAUUUGGCUACAAUUCAAGUUGCCACGAACAACUUCUCUGAUGAUAACAAAAUCGGUGAAGGUGGAUUUGGAUCCGUCUACAAGGGUAUACUUUCCAAUGGACAAGAAAUCGCUGUGAAGAGGCUAUCUCAAAACUCAGGACAAGGUGCAGAAGAGUUCAAGAAUGAGGUUGUGUUGGUAGCCAAGCUUCAACAUAGAAAUCUAGUGAGGUUACUCGGAUUUUGCUUGGAAGGAGAAGAGAAGAUACUCAUUUAUGAAUUUGUGCCCAACAAAAGCCUGGAUUACUUUCUAUUUGAUCCACAAGAACAAGAAAAGUUGGAUUGGUCAAAACGUUACAAGAUUAUAGGAGGAAUAGCUCGAGGGAUGCUUUAUCUUCAUGAAGAUUCUCGACUUAGAAUUAUACACCGUGAUCUCAAAGUUAGCAAUGUUCUAUUAGAUGGGGAUAUGAAUGCAAAAAUUUCAGAUUUUGGCAUGGCUAGGAUCUUUGGUGUGGAUCAAACUCAAGGAAAUACAAACCGAGUUGUUGGAACAUAUGGUUAUAUGUCUCCAGAGUAUGCGAUGCAUGGACUAUUUUCGGUAAAGUCUGAUGUGUUUAGUUUUGGUGUCUUAGUUUUGGAGAUUAUAAGUGGCAAGAAAAAUAAUACAUUUUACCAAUCAGAAUAUGCGGAGGACCUUCUAAGCUAUGCUUGGAAACUCUGGAGGGAGGAAAGACCGUUGGAAUUAAUGGAUUCUGCUUUGGAAGGGUCAUAUUCAAGAUAUGAAAUCAUUAGAUGCAUUCAUAUUGGCUUGUUGUGCGUCCAAGAAGAUCCAGAUGCUAGACCUUCUAUGGCAACAAUUGUUGUAAUGCUUAACAGCGACUCUGUUACUCUAUCAAUUCCUCAACAACCUGCAUUCUUUGCUUGUAGUGGAACAAAGUCAAAAAGAAGACAAGGCUUAGAAUCGGAUCAAUCUACAAGCAAGUCAAUAUCAUGGUCUGUGAAUGAAACAUCAAUUACUGAAUUAUAUCCCAGAUAAUGUGAAGUCUAGGCCAUAUGAAGAUUCAAUAAUAACUCUAUAUUGUGAAAGAAAUAGUGUUUGAUAAUUCAUUCCCUUCAAGUAUGUCAUUUAUGUGUAGCAUGUAAUAGUGUGUUUGAUAAUGCAAUCAAGUUCAUUAUUCACAGUCAAAUAUAUUUAAUUUUUGUGAUUUUAAUUACAAUGGUUAC